UACGUCUUCCUCUCUUGUCUUUUCUUUCUUUGGUCUCACCCACUACUAACCAUUAUUUUGAUCCAUUUCUAGCUCUUUUCUCACUCUUUUCAUUUCUUGUGUUUUUUUAAGGUCUUUUUUUUUCAUUUCUUGUGUUUUUACAGUAGCACUUCGUGCAUCAUAUCAGUUAGUUUCAGCUGUCCUAUUGGAUCAUGGAGCCAGAUGCAGCAUGGCUGCCCUGGAACUCUCAGCUGGCCAAUUGGAGCAUGGAACCAUCAGUAGCAGUAUGGACUCAUGGCCUCCCUGUGGAGUAUCACUAUCCGGCCACUCAGAUAACUAGUUGCUGCCUCCAAACAUCUGUCCCUACUACUAGCUCUACUGGAGGGAAGCUGGUUGAUCAUCAUGCAACGGCAGCAGCCACACAGCUGAAUGAUCCGAUCGAGAAAGAAGCAUCACAAGAGCUUGAGGUUGAUUUGCAGAACAUGGUCCUGAAGAUCCAUGUCGAUCCGAUCCAUGCCUUCGAAAAAGCAGCGCACGACUACAAGGCUGGUGUGGACUUGAUGCGGCUGAAGAUCCACAGGUACCCUGCGACCAUCCGAGCUCUCGGCGAGCUCUACACCGUCCCGACGACGGUGGCCAUCGGCCCCUACCACCACGGCCGGGACCAGCUCAAGCCGACGGAGAAGGUGAAGCACGUCGCCGCCUACAACUGCAUCAGGGAAUCGGGCCGCCCGGUCCAGGAGAUGUACGACGCGGUGGUCCACGCCGCCGGCAGCACCCAGGGCCUCUACGACGGGGACGCGGUGGCCGGCGUCGGCGACGACGACUUCCUGCCCAUGAUGUUCUACGACGCUUGCUUCCUGGUCCAGUACAUGCUCACGUGCACCCGCGCCGGCCUCGCCCAGAUGGACCCGGCGCUGCGGAGCUUCUUCGACGCCAACGACAACGACGUGUUCCGCGACAUCACGCAGCUCGAGAACCAGCUCCCAUGGCGGGUGGUGGAGGCCGUCAUGAGGUUCAGGCCCGUGCCCGUGGCGGAGUUCGUCGCGUCGCUGAGAGGCUGCCUGCAGGACCGCAAAGUGGACGACGCCGACGAGGAGCCGUUCGCCCUGGACGAGGGCUUCGAGCCGCCGCAUCUCCUCGGCCUCCUCCGGUUCUACAUCGUCGGGAGGAGCCACGCCAAGCUGCCGGCGGUGCCGGAGACGGACGCGAUCUCGUUCUCCGUCAGCACCAUCGAGCUCGCCGAGCUCAUCCACAUGGGCCUCAAGGAGAAAGGGAACCUCUUCGCCGAGCUCUCGCUGGCGCCGCUGUCCCUGGACGACACGCGCACGAGCCUGCUCGCCAACAUGGCGGCGCUCGAGCUGUGCUCGACGUCGAGCUUCCCGGACGCCGACGACGAGGAGUCCGCCGUGUGCUCGUACCUGCUCCUCCUGGGCAUGAUCGUGGACAGGGAGGAGGACGUGCACGAGCUCCGGAGGAGGCGGCUCCUGCAGGGAGGAGGAGGGCUCACCAACAGGGAGGCGCUGGAGUUCCUGGCGAGGCUGCAGGGGCUGCGCCUCGGGUCGCGCUACGUCCGCACAAUGGAAGAGAUCGAGAGCUACAAGUUGGAGCAGAGGACGAGGACCAAGGUGCACGCGUUCGUUUACAGGAACAUGAAAACGAUGAUCGUCGCCUUGUCCGCCAUUGCUGCAGUUGUAGGUAUCGUUGGGACGCUCAAGUCGCUCAAGGUUGUCCAUUGAUCAGCUACUGUAUGAUACUAAGAUGUUAGUUGUAACAGCCAGUGGGCCGUGUUGGACCGGACCGAAUAUGUGACACUGUAGCUCCGGUUCUAUUUUAGUCCCAUACCAGUAACGGAACAGAGACU